GUCCGCUCCGCCCGAGCGCACCAUGGGCGCGGAGCGCAGGGCGGCGGCGGCGGCCCGCGCCUGCUCCUCCUGCGGCGGCGGCGGCGGCAGCUGGCGGCUCUUCCUCGGCUUCUUCGCGCUGUCGCUGGCGCUGCACGUCCUGACGCUGGGCUGUUACCUGGAGCUGCGCUCCGAGCUCCGCCGCGACCGCGGCCCGCAGCCCGCGGCCCCGCCGCGCCGGGACGGGACGGCGGCAGCGCCCGGAGCCCCGGCCGGGGGCCGCCCGCAGAGAGCGGCAGAGGGCGCGGAGCGGCGCCAGCAGCUGGCCUUGCUGAACUUCUUUCACCCCGAGGAGAAGCUGCACAUUGGAGAGGAAGGGAGACGAGUCCGCCGGAAUAAAAGGAGUAAGGGCAGCGAAGGGCCCGACGGUCCAAGCUCAGUGAAAAACAAGAAAAAGGGGAAGAAGGCUGGGCCUCCAGGGCCCAACGGUCCCCAAGGGCCGCCAGGUCCCCCCGGGCCGCAGGGUCCCCCCGGCAUUCCCGGCAUCCCCGGCAUUCCCGGCACAACCGUCAUGGGACCGCCCGGCCCCCCUGGCCCGCCGGGCCCUCAGGGACCACCUGGACUGCAGGGCCCCUCAGGUGCCACAGACAAGGCCGGCUCCAGAGACAUCCAGCCAGCUGUGGUCCACCUUCAAGGCCAAGGCUCAGCAAUCCAAGUGAAGAAUGAUCUUUCAGGUGGAGUCCUCAAUGACUGGUCUCGCAUCACUAUGAACCCCAAGGUGUUUAAGCUGCAUGCCCGCAGUGGGGAGCUGGAGGUACUGGUGGACGGCACAUACUUCAUCUAUAGUCAGGUAGAAGUAUACUACAUAAACUUCACAGAUUUUGCCAGCUAUGAGGUGGUGGUGGAUGAAAAGCCCUUUCUGCAAUGCACUCGGAGUAUUGAGACCGGCAAGACCAACUUCAAUACCUGCUACACAGCCGGGGUCUGCCUCCUCAAGGCCAGGCAGAAGAUCGCUGUGAAAAUGGUCCAUGCUGACAUCUCCAUCAACAUGAGCAAGCACACAACUUUCUUUGGGGCCAUACGCCUGGGAGAUGCACCAGCAUCCUAGAGGAACUUGGCAUGGCCAAGGACACUCACAGAACUGCACAGUGCUGCUGUUCAUAAGCGUAUCAGUAUUUCAGGGGGUUCUGUAAUCCGGCCGUAAAGAAAACUGAUCCAGAGCUAUUUAUUCCUAUAUGUGAAUGCGGGAAGCACAAUUGUCCUCUGGGACUUUGCGUGGAGACUUGGAUCAAAAAAAAAAAAAAAAA